AUGAACCGCGGCGGGGCGGGGGCGGCGCCCGCCUUCCCCGGCCCCGUGCAGUUCCCCGGCAGCACCACGGUGCUGGUGGAGCUGACGCCCGACAUCCACAUCUGCGGCAUCUGCAAGCAGCAGUUCAACAACCUGGACGCCUUCGUGGGGCACAAGCAGAGCGGCUGCCAGCUCACCAGUGCCACGGCCGGCGCCACCAGCACCGUCCAGUUCGUAUCCGAGGAGACCGUGCCGAGCACACAGGCUCAGAGCACGAGCAGGACCAUCGCCUCCGAGACACAAACCAUCACAGUUUCUGCCCCAGAGUUUGUUUUUGAGCAUGGCUACCAAACCUACCUGCCCAGCGAGAGCACGGAGCCUCCAGCUGCUGCUGUCGUCUCUACACCACCAAAGGCAAGGCCCAAGAAAUCCUCCUCCUCCUCACUGCCCCUGAAGAAACUCAGCUGCCUGUACCCAGGGUGCCAGUUCAAGACUUCCUAUGGUAUGAAGGAUCUGGAACGUCAUCGGCGAACGCACACAGGAGACAAGCCCCACAAGUGCGAGGUGUGCAGCAAGUGCUUCAGCCGCAAGGACAAGCUGAAGAUGCACAUGCGCUCGCACACGGGCGUGAAGCCCUACAAGUGCAAGCACUGCGAGUACGCGGCGGCCGACAGCAGCAGCCUCAACAAGCACCAGCGCAUCCACUCCAACGAGCGCCCCUUCAAGUGCCAGAUCUGCCCCUACGCCAGCCGCAACUCCAGCCAGCUCACCGUGCACCUGCGCUCGCACACAGGAGAUGCCCCUUUCCAGUGCCAGCUGUGCCCCGCCAAGUUCAAGAUCAACUCGGACCUGAAGCGGCACCUGCGGGUGCACUCGGGGGAGAAGCCCUACAAGUGCGAGUUCUGCGAGGUGCGCUGCGCCAUGAAGGGCAACCUGAAAUCCCACAUGCGCAUCAAGCACAGCACGGAGAACACCCUCAAGUGCCCCGAGUGCGACUUCCAGUGCGGCAACAAGACCAGCCUGCGGCACCACAUCCGCAGCCACCAGCCCGAGCAGCCCGUCAAGUGCUCCGAGUGCAGCUACUCGUGCUCCUCCAAGGCGGCCCUCAAGGUGCACGAGCGCAUCCACGGCAAGGAACGGCCCUUCAAGUGCGACCUGUGCAGCUUCGACACCAAGCAGCGCAGCAACCUCACCACCCACGUCCGCAAGGCCCACGGCGACAGGGCCAAGGGCGGCAAGCGCUCUCCGGACAAGAAGGAAGGAGAGAGGCCGAAGCAGGGCGGCUCCAGGCAGGUCGCCAAGCUGGACGCCAAGAAGGCCUUUAAGUGCGACCUGUGCGAGGCGUCCUUCGUGCGGGAGGACUCCCUGCGCAGCCACAAGAAGCAGCACAGCCUGUACAACGGCUCCAAGAACAGCGAGCUGGCCGUGCUGCAGCUCCAGAUGGAUCCCGGCCGCCAGCCCGGCGCCCCCAUCACCGUCAGCCACCUCCAGGUGCCGCUUCAGGCCGCUCAGGUGGCCCCGUACAACGAGGGCAGAGUCAAGAUCAUCGUGGGCCACCAGGUGCCUCCUCAGGCCAACAGCAUCGUGCAGGCGGCCUCAGUGAACGUGGUGCCGCCGGGGCUGCUGGGCGCGGCCCAGGAGGAGGUGCUGGGCGGCGGCCGCCUGCAGCUGCUGGGCCAGGUCAGCGUGCUGGCCCCGGCCGCGGGGAGCGCGGGGGACGCGGGCCCGGGGGCAGAGCCGGCCGUGCUGCUCACCACCCACGAGCAGGGCGAGGCCGGCGCCCUGCACCAGGCCCUGCUCCCCGCGGCCGCCCCCGGCCACGAGCCCCCCGCCGGCCAGGCCUUCAUCGCCGGCUCCGGCAUCAGCUGCUCCGACCUGGAGGGGCUCAACGCCCUCAUCCAGGACGGGGCCACCGAGGUGACCGUGGUCAGUGAUGGUGGGCAGAGCAUCACCGUGUCCACGGCUGCUCCUCCUCCCCCCAUCUUCUCGUCCUCAUCCCACACUGAGGGCCCCAAGCAGAGCUACUCCAUCAUCCAGAGCGGGGCUCACACGGCCCUGCUGUGUCCUGCAGACUCCAUCCCCGAUUAGGGGCUGCUCUGGGCACAGGGGCUGCUCUGGGCACAGUGCUGAGCCUGCAGGAAUGCACAGCACACGACUGAACACAGGAUUUGUCCUCCAGAGCCUCCACGCUGUGUUUGUCUGUACACAAGCAUCUCGUGUGUGAGGAGGAGGAGGGUGUGUUUGUAUUUCUGUGCCUCUGCUGCAGUCAGAGGCCCUGCUCCUUGGGAAGCAGCUGUUGCCAGUGUCCCCAAGCAGUGACACCCCGAGUAUGGCUCCUGUACUGUGCUACCUGAAGAAGAAAUCCUCCCCUUGUGCUGAAUUACCUCCACAGCAGCCUUGUUGUUUGAUGCACACACAAAGAGACGAUAACCUGAGCCCUUGUGGAGUUUGCUGGACUGAGGUCUCUCAGUUCUGUGCUCUGUGUGCAUUCAGUGCUCCUGGCGGGGCUCUGAGGAGCCCCACUGCUGGCUCUGCUCCAGCCCAGGUGAAGUCUGAGGGGCUGCUCCUCAGUAUCUGUAGAAAUCAGAAGCCCCUGGCACUUGAAAUGCUGGUGCAGAGAGCAGGGGACUGUUUUCAGAAACUAAAGGAAUGUUGUUCCUCUCUCAGUAGUAACUAACUCUGUUAGCAGCAACACAAAUCCUCUCUGGCGUGGUGAUGGCUGUCAGAGUGCCUGUGGGUUAAAGAGAAAAACAACUGGAAAUAUAUUUUUUACAAACACUACUUACCUUUUGUUUUUAUUUUGAUGCUGCCUAAAGGUGUGUUACAGUUUGGGUAAAGGUAAAGGUCUGUUACAGUUUGGGUAAAGGUAAAGGUGUGUUACAGUUUGGGUCUUCUUUUCACAUUAAAGGAAAAUACUGAA